CACAUGGCGAAGCAGCGACUCGUUUGUCUUGUUGGUAUCUCCCUGUAGCGAUUCUCAUUGUUGAAUCUUCCACUCUUCGUCGCAACACCAAGAAACAUCGAAUUGUCGCCGCCAUGGUCGCCGACGCCCUCAUCUACCACCCUUCGGUGGCCCACUUCAACCGCUUCGUCGCUACCACCAUCGGGCGCGACAAGACCUUGCGCACCAUUCAAUACUUCUCCCGCUUCCUCGCCUGGUACCUCUACCGCACGAACCACCCGCAGAGCACCGUCGCCAUCUUCGAGCAGAUCAAGAAGAGCUUCGGUAGCGCGCGCAAGGCCUUCCGACUGGGCAAGUUCGUCGAACACUUCAAGGCUGCUGCCGUGGCUGCCGACUCCAAGUCGAUGGACCCAGUGCUCAAGUACUUGGCCGUGGGUCGUCAGCUAGGCUAUGCCUUCUACCUCGCGCUCGACGCCGCGACCUACUUUGACCAGACUGGCAUUUACAAGCUGCAGUCGGGCGCCAGGUUACAAAAGGAGGCAUACCGUGCCUGGUUCACCGGUCUGGCAUGCAAUAUUGCUGCCGGUGUGUACACGCUAUACAAUUUGCAGCAGAUUGCCAAGCAGCAGCAGCAAGCAGGAGGCGAUGCGGAGAAGAAGGUUGAGCAAAAGACAUUGGAGAAGGAGAAAGCUGCUACACAAUUACAGCUCUUGUCCGACGUCUGCGAUAUCACUGUGCCCGGAAGUGCCAUUGGAGUCGUUACCUUGGACGACGGCAUCGUUGGCCUUGCUGGUACUGUUUCCUCUGUGAUAGGCCUGUCAGCAGCAUGGGCGAAGACUGCGUGAGGAGAAGCAACCUAGAGUGUUGAAGUGAUGACAGGCCACGGCUGCGUCUAUCGGGUUGAAGCGAUUUUUGCGAUUUUCUUCAAAUGUCAAUUCUUUAUUUCCUCCUCACAAACCUCUCUCAGCAUCCGUUUGAGACAACCAGAUGUUCCCAUUUUCACAUUUUGAACGAAGCGAAAGGUCAAUUCGACAAUCCGGGGUAACAAAGAUGACCGCACGUCCGACGAAUAUGCGCCGGGAAAUCG